AAAAUAUCAGUAUUGCGAUAAUUGUCGGUUUAGCCAGACGUUUUUAAAAUGCUCCCUUACUUAAUAGGGACUUUAGUACUAUUAUGUGUUAUAAAUAUUUUAUUAAAUUAUAAUGAACGAGCUAGAUUAAUUAAGAAGAUUCCUGGACCGAAGGAUGAUUUUCUCUUUGGAAAUGCGCUAACCAUUAUACGUUCACCAGUUGAAAUUAUGAAAAUGGGAAGAGAGUUCGCCGCGACAUUUGAUGGCAUCUUCAGACUUUGGAUCUUUCCCUACUCAGCCGUGGUUAUCUACAAUCCCGAAGACGUUGAGAUAGUCAUGUCCGGUAUGAAGCAUAGUGAUAAGAGUAUCAUCUACAGUAUUAUGAAGCCAUGGCUAAGGGAUGGACUACUGUUAAGUAAAGGUGAAAAAUGGCAUGACAGAAGAAAAAUUCUUACACCGGCUUUUCACUUUAAUAUACUGAAGCAGUAUUGUGAAAUAUUUGAAAGGAAUAGUGAGCGGUUAAUAGACAACCUGAAGCGAUCCCCGGGCAAAGCCAUCGACGUCGUGCCUGUACUCUCAGAAUUUACACUUCAUUCAAUCUGUGAAACAUCAAUGGGUACUCAGCUUGGCGAUGACACCACAGAAGCUAAGUCAUACAAAAAUGCCAUCUACGAUUUAGGAAGCAUUUUCUAUGAACGUUUGGUUAGAAUAUACCUAUACGUAGACUUCCUUUUCUACUUAACGCCAUGGGGAAGGAAACAAAAGAAACAUUUAAAAGCUGUUCAUAGUUUCACAGAGAAUGUUAUAGAGCAAAGGAAAGAAUACAUAGAGAAGAACGGAAUCAACUUUAAUGAACAGUUAGAUGAUGAUGACUCCUUCGUGUAUAAGAAGAAGAAGAAGACCGCUAUGCUAGACUUACUCCUAUCUGCUGAAAAAGAUGGCCUUAUCGAUAGAGAAGGGAUAAACGAAGAAGUGGACACAUUUAUGUUUGAAGGUCAUGACACAACAGCUAGUGGGCUUACGUUUUUCUUCAUGGCGCUUGCAAAUCAUAGAAAUAUACAGGACAAAAUAGUUGAUGAAUUGAAAGACAUCUUCGGCGAAACAAAGCGCCCUAUAACGAUGGACGACUUGUCUAAGAUGAAAUACUUAGAAUGCUGCAUCAAGGAGUCGCUGCGUAUGUACCCGCCGGUGCAUUUCAUCAGCCGCAACAUAAGUGAAACUACAGUAUUAAGUAUGUAAUGGAUGGUAUUUGUA